AUGGCUCUGGGCCGUAUUGACAAGCCUGAGUCUCCCAAUCAGACGAGACCCUUGCGUGUCAUUGACCUUUGCACUGGCACAGGCUGCAUACCACUUCUUCUGCACGCAUUACUUGCCCCUCAUUUUCAGCUGGAGAUAACAGGGGUGGACAUCAGCCCUACGGCUUUAACACUAGCCCGGAAGAACCUCGAGCAUAACCUGCAAUUGGGUCAAUUGGCAUCCACCGCAGACACAGACAUCCACUUCUAUCGCGCCGAUGUUCUCGGACAUGGCAGUGACAAUUCAGUACCGUCCAUUGAGUCAAUACUCCAAACCCAACCUCCCAAUUUUGGAGGAUUGGGCAUCUCAUCACCCAACCAAGAAAGUGAGUGUGAUUUGUUAAUCUCCAACCCGCCCUACAUAUCCCAAACGGAGUUCCGCAACGGCACCACUGCGCGUAGUGUACGGCGUUUCGAGCCAAAGCUGGCACUUGUGCCUCCACACUCGGGUUCCGGGAUGGAAGACUGCAUGCCUGAGGAUAUCUUCUACCACCGCAUUCUCACUCUGGCAUUCAAGUUGAAGGCCAAGAUCACGGUGCUGGAGUGUGGGGAUUCUCACCAGGCCGCUCGAGUGGUUGCUCUUCACAAGCGACUUGCUUCUUCUGAAUCCGGACAGUUUAGUGCGGAAACCUGGCCGAGUCGGGAGCAGGAUUUGGCUGAGAAUGGGUUUCAUGCAACAGACGGAUCGCGAGGAGUUAUCAUACAGGCUCUCCGGUAG